AUGUAUCCACGUCGCGGCCACCAAGUCGAACUGGACGAGCAACUGUCCCUUUCAGAUCAAGAUGUCAAUAUCCUCCUCCAAAUCGUCUCUCGCGCAGAGAAGCAGCCCGAUGCUCACCGACUCCCCUUUCGCGCUAUAUUCGCAGCGUAUGAUUCCGUGUUAUCGGAAAAUGGCAUCGAGGCGGAAACGGAUCGGACGUACCUGCGCUUUCUAUUCCAGCUUGGAGGCAAGUCGGUGCCAGGUGAUACGCUAUAUGAAAAAUUCGAGACCCUUUUGCUGCGCAUGGGCAUUGAGCUCGAGUACGGGGACGAGACAGGAGGGGAAGGGGGAAGAAUCGAAGAAGUCACCACCGCUGAUACAGAAGCCAAUGGUGCACUGGCAGAGGAAAAAAUACCGGCCGAUGGCAGCCGACUCGGUAUCCGGUCCAUGGGGGACAGCGCGCCAGGCGGGCGUCGUUCAAUUCAAUUCGGAAGGAGAAUUUUCUCUCCGCCCCCAAUCAGGAGAGAGGAGCUUGCUCGACAUGCACAUGCACCGGCCAUUGUGGAAACGAGAAGCAGGAUGACAGCCAACAGAGCUACAAAGAACACUGCUCGUCGCCAUCCGCAGACUGGUGCAAUUAUUACCGAACCGGCCCAAUUGCGAGUGGAUUUAGAUGCGCAUCAUUUGAAUCAUGGUGUGAAUGAAAAUAAAACAACAAACCACACUAAUCAGAAGCGGUUAUUAUUUGAUAGCAGCGAGGAAUCUAAUGAUGAGCCUCUCCAACAUGGCGAUCUUAUACCCGGAGUUCAAGUAUCCCCAGAAUUAAUAUACCAGCCUUCUCUUUCUCACCUUCUCCGCGAUGCGUCCACAUUCAACAUGUAUCGACAACGAGGUACUGUCCGACGAAUAUUUGCUAAAUGGUCGGAGCGAGCUAAGCGACAACAACAAACCUUCGAGUCUAUGCAAAAGGCAGCUGCCAAGCAUGAUGCAUCUACCCUUCAGCGUCAGGCAUUUGACAUUUGGCGAACCACAUGGCGACAGAAACGCCAAGAAGCCCAGACGGCAAGAUUCUUUAAACAUCUUGAGAAGCGUGCUGCGCGAGCUCGAGAUCUAUAUUUAAUGACGAAAGCAUUCACUCAUUGGGCACAAGUUACUUCGGAUGAGGUAGAGAAAGCGUCUGAAGCCCGACGACAUAUUCUAUGCAUAAAGUAUUUCAAUGCGUGGCGGGGGAUAACCGCAGUAAAUGAGAUGAAGGCUCAACGGCUUGCGUUGACGAAGCCAUUCAAGGCCUGGAAGACUAAAUUUAAACAGUUCCAGAAAGACGAUGCCGAGGCUGAUGCUGUUUAUCAGGAAAACCUUGCAAGGUCUGCGUAUUGGAAGUGGUUUUGGACAUUCUGCGAUCGACGUGCCCCUCAGUGGAGAGAUUAUCGCUUGAAACAUAAGUCACUUCUCUCGUGGCUUCGGGCAUUGCGAACCCAAAGGGAGCGUGACCAAGAGAUAGACGUGCACAACAAACAGACUUUGCUUCAGGCGACUUUCCAGAAAUGGUCCCAACGGAUGCGCGCCAUUAUUUCGGCUCAACAACACGCCGAUAGCCGGUGGAAGCUUGAACAUACCGGGCAUUGUUUCUCGGAAUGGCGGAUUCGAACUCACUUAGAACCCAUCGCCGUAAAAGUCUCUGCUUCAGUCGAAUCGAGAAUCCUCCACUCCUCCAUCAAGACAUGGGCGUUGCAGUCGCGCAUGUCGAAACAUGCACGAGAAGUUGACCGUCUCCGUAUUAUGCGCAAUACAUGGACCACAUGGAACGACAACCUGCGCUGUCUAGCUCUUUCCUCUCGCAUCAACGAGCGUGUCGUUAUGCAAGCGUUGUAUAAAUGGGUACUGAUGGCGCGCGUUCGUCUGAUGAGCAGAAUUCACGAGCAGCGUGUAAAACGUGAGACAUUGGCGAGAUUGACCUUAAAUUCGCGAGGACUGUAUACAAGGCUUCUGCGCCAAGAGGAAGAUUUUCGCGCCCACCGUUCAAGAGAGCUCCUUCGGUCGAAACUCUAUGACUGGCGAGAGAAACUUGCUACUCAAAGACGGCGCGAUCAUGUCGCGCUGGUGUACUACGCCCCCAGACUUGAACAGGAGACUCUUGACGCUUGGAAGAACCAGAUGCGCCACGUUUCUGAAUUGGAGUCCUGGGCGAAGGAUGCUCGUUUCUACUUUCUUAUGACCGGGUAUCUAAAACAAUGGCGCGUUGCUGCAGCGAAUUCGGCCAAAAAACGACGUCAAGAUGCCUACGCGAAGGUUAGGCGUACGAUCAAAAUGAAUCUAGCUUCUGGAGCGCUCUCAGCGUUACGAUCUAAAGCGGUCACCAACGCAAAAUUAGAACACCACGCUGAUGACAUACGCUGGAGCCGGCUAUUCAAACUCGGUAUUGAUGCUUUUGAUAAGUGGCGUGCGGCGACUGCCCGACGGCGAGUGAACGUGCGUGAUUCGGAGAUAUUUUACAGUCGACAACUAGCUUAUAGCUGCCUUACUCGGAUGAGUUCGUUAUUUACUAGAAUUCGCGCGCUGGAUGAAAAGGCUAUUCAAUUUCAAGUAAUACACGUAUCUGCAUCUGGUGCAACCCAACUUCGCAAACUCUCUCUACGCAUUUUUCAAAUUAAGGCCAGUUUGGAGACAGCGGAUGCUCUGAAUGAGCGAAACCUCCGUAAGCAUCUCAGAAAUAUGUUCCGGCAUUGGUACGGGAAGGCGAAACGAUUGUUGGACGGCAGAGAUGGAGAUAUACAUCGAUACCCUACAAUUGGAGCAAGUUAUGACAAUAUCACCACAACCCCACGCCGGCUAAACGAAGGGUGGCCUUUAGUGGAUCCAAUUUUGAGCCUGAGCGAGCUAGGCCCGCUUCCACACUUUACAGCACAAACUCCGAUAGCCACACCGGGGUACCUCAAUAGCCCAUCCAAGCGGGCGGCGCGGGCUAAAGCGCUCGCGCAGGUUUCUACGACCCCGGCUACACCUAUAAGAACGCCGUUCGCGGCCCGUUUAAGGGCGGAGCAGGUGCGGACAGAACCGCGACAGUUUUUACAUAAUAGGACUAGUGUUCACACUCGACGAAGUUCUCUGGGUGCUAUUGUCCGGUUUGCUGAUGAGGCUGUUGAUGAUAAUGAUGAUUACAACGCUGGAGAUGAUAUCGGCGAUGCCGAUGAUGAUGAUGGUGAAGUUGGCGAUGAACCUGAAUCUCCGACUAAAAGGAGAUCUACAAAUUGA